GGAUAGGCGUGGCUGCUUUCAAUGCCUUUAUAUUACAUCGAUUACGGAUGAAAGCCAAAGCAAAGAAAACCUGUUGAGCCUACAGCAUUCUGGUUAUAAUUUCUUGAAGUGAUCAUCAACAAUGGAGCGGUUGUUGGUAAAGACUCUGGAUGAGGUGACGAGUGACGAGAUGAAGAGAUUCCAGUGGCUCCUGAUCAAGCACCAGAGGCGUGGCUAUGAGCCCAUCAAAAGAAGCGAGUUGGAUCGCGACACAAGCAGGGAGAAUACCGUGGAGCUGAUGGUGAACAAAUACAAAGAAAAUGGGGCUCUGGGUGUCACAAUUAAUAUCCUAAAGGACAUGCACCAGAAUACACUUGCUGGCAAGUUGAAGACAAAGGCAAACAUUCUCAAAGAAGUGGAGAAGAGCACUGCUACAAAGAGCACUGCUACGAAGAGCACUGCGGCAAAGAGCACUGCGGCAAAGAGCACUGCGGCAAAGAGCACUGUGGCAAAGGAGAGCACUGCAAAGGAGAGCACUGUGGCAAAGAGCACUGUGGCAAAGAGCACUGCGGCGAAGAGCACUGCAGCGAAGAGCACUGCAAAGGAGACACCAGCGGAGAAGAGCACUGCAGCGAAGAGCACUGCAAAGGAGACACCAGCGGCGAAGAGCACUGCGGCGAAGAGCACUGCGGCGAAGAGCACUGCAAAGAAGAGCACUGCGGCGAAGAGCACUGCAAAGGAGAGCACUGCAAAGAAGAGCACUGCAAAGAAGACCACUGACGCUACAUUGAAGAGACCUGCAAAGAAGACACCAGCGGAGAAGAGCACUGCGGCGAAGAGACCUAAGCUGUUCUAGAUCAAGAGAAUGGGCCCAUAUGGCAUACUUUCUUUUAGACCGGUUUACAAUUAAUAAUGAUAUUUCAUAGGAUUUCACUUUUCUUUUACGUGCUGUAUUUUCUUAAGCUUUUCUCAGAAUUUUUGCCAUUUUACAACCUGACAAUGAAAUAAAAAUCAUAAUUUUCAAGAA